CACCAUGAAUGGUAUUUUUGCCUUAGCGCAUCAGUUAACCAUACUGAAAAACAUCAUAAAAGUAGAAAUCAACUUAGGUAUCUCUGAAUCAGUGUUUCUUAUAUUCAAGGAGAGCCAAUGGGAAGAAGCUUCAGAAAAGCAGUAUAGAAAUUCUGGAUCUACUGAAUAUUUCCUUUCCAAAAAGGAGACUGAUGAAAAUGACAGAAAACUAUUUAAGAAGUUUAGCUUGAAGGAAUGUCAGAUUACUCCACAGAACAUGGACAAGCUUUGCAAGAUAUUGGAAAAAUGCUCAGAACUGGCAGAACUUGACCUUUCCAGCAAUGUUGUAAGUCAUGAAAGUGUCAAAAGGUUGCUUGACCAUUUAUCAUACUUCAGCGCAUUGAAACUCCUAAAUAUCAGUGACAAUAACUUUUCAACACAAAGUGUGCUGCUACUUGCAAGGACUCCAAGUGUCUACAGACAGUUACAUGAAGUUGAAGUCAGGUCUCAAGGAAAAACGUAUUUACACUUUGAAACCAAAGGGAAGCAACAGGAAGUGGUUUGCAGGCUAAUUGAAUGCAAUCUUGACAAGAAGAAUUCUAAAGAACUUUCAGAAAGUCUUUGGAUGUGCACUUAUCUAACUGAACUAGAUUUGUCUGGCAAUUUAUUAGAAGACGAAGGAUUAAUCUCUCUGUUGAGUUCCCUUCCUACACUACCUAUUUUCAAGGUUAUCAAUGCGAGUAACAACAAGAUUACCCAGAGAGGUGUGCUGUCUUUAAUUGACACCCUUAAUGCAUGCAGCAGUAUAGCAGCAAUUGAUGUAAGUUUAUAUCCAGAUAAAAAGUUGUUGAUCAUGCUCUCCAGUAAGGAUGAAGACAAGGAGAUGCCAAGUGGAAGUCUGAACUAUAAAAAUGGUCCAGGUGUUGCAAAGAGAAUCAGUUUGAAAAAGUGCGACUUUCAAACCGAGCAUCUGGCUGAACUUUGUGCUGUUUUAGAAAGGUGUACAAGCAUUGGAGAACUUGAAUUAAGAAACAAUGGUCUUCCUCUCAAUACUGUUAAAGACCUCCUCAGGGUGUAUAAUGGAUACCUCGCACAAUUAAUUAUAAGGAUAGAAGAACCGUGGAUUUGUGCCAAUGAUGUCUUAACUCUACUUGAUGCCAGCUUUCAUGAAAAUAAGCACAUUACAGAAAUUCAGGUAUAUAAAACAGAAGUUGAAAUUCGAUUAAAUAGAAGUCAGUUAGUGAAAACUGGAAAUGUUGAAAAUACUGAUAUUAGCUCUGAAUCAGCUACAAUUUCUACAAUGGAACAAGUAAGCCUCAUUCAGUGUGGACUGGAAGCACUUCAUCUUCCUCAGCUAAAACAAGUUAUUGGACAGUGUUCCAACCUGCGAGAACUAAACUUGUCUUACAAUGACCUUGGAGAUGCAGGAGCAAUGACAGUGUCUGAGAUUCUGCAAUCCAUCCCAGCACUGAAGAUACUCAGGCUUGAGUCAACUGGUAUAACCACAGAAGGGAUAACCCACCUUACUGCAGGACUUGAGAAAUGUACCACAAUAGAAGAAAUAAAUUUAUCAAAGAAUGAGAUAGGAGUUAAAGGAGCAGUUGCAUUGGCAAAAUCUCGGCUUCAAGAGAUGGAGUUGAAGAGGAUAAAUUUAUCAAACUGCAGUUCACUUGCCUCCAGAGCUGGGACAAACCUGAUAGAAAUGCUAUCGAAGUGCACAUCACUAGAAGAAAUUAACCUCAGUUCACUACAGCUUGAUGAAGCUCAGCUUGCUGCUUUGGUCAGCGGAGUCCACAGUAUGCCAUUUUUAAAGAAGUUAGUUUUAAGUAACAACAGAAUGGGAGACAAGGUUGCACAAAGUCUAGGGAAAUAUCUUCCAUCACUGCCAAUGUUAAAGAAACUCAACCUUUCACAGAAUGGCAUUGGUGUCUCAGGAGGAAAGAAGCUUGUGGAUGGUUUGGUGCACUGCUCUCACAUUGAAGAACUGCAAUUAAGUACGAACAGCAUUGGUGAUGACGCUGUGAUCAGAAUGGCUGAAGCCCUUCCUAGCAUGGCAUCCCUUAAGAUUCUAAACCUGCAGUCCAAUAGUAUUACUUCUUUUGGAGCUCUUCAACUCAUUGAAAGAUUCAUCAUGUGCCCACAGCUGGAAGAGAUUAGCCUGUCAGAAAACAAAAUUGGAGAAGAGUGUAUUUUGAAACUAGCAGAAGGACUACCACAUCUGAAGCAUUUAAGGAAGUUACACUUGAAAUUAAAUGAAAUCAGUAACGGUGCUUCCAUUCAUCUGGCAGCUAGUCUUGGCUAUUGUGCAACCACUGAGGAAGUUGUAAUAUCCUGGAACAGUAUUGGUGAUGCAACUGCUGUGAAACUGGCCGAAGUACUGCCACGAAUGAGAAGACUGAAGAAGUUGGAUUUAGAGCAUAACAAAAUCACAGUAGUCGGUGCCAAGAAGUUGGCAGAGUCUCUCUCCAAGUGUCCUGUAAUUGAAGUGAUAAGACUAUGGAAGAAUCAGAUCUCCAGAGAAUUUGAACACAUGCUUCAGAAUCAAGAUCCAAGACUAAACUUUUCAUUUUUCAACAACACAAGCACAAAUGAAGGCAUAGGAUAGGGCAUUAUGUGUUACCUAUAAGUAUAGGUGCAUUUAAAAUAUGUGAAUCCACAUUUGAUUGACACUAAUUUUGUUGGCAUACUUUAGUUGACUAUGCAAUAAAUCAACACAAUUAUUCAAAAAAACCAUGAUCUAAAUUGAAAGGAGUCAGAAGGAGGUAUGAUUGACUGUUCUUUAUAUAUUAGUAUAACUUUUAACAAACCAGACAAAAAUAGCGUAAGUAACACAACUGAGUCCAUGCAGUAUACAAACUGAGUGACAUUUUUAGACAUAAGAAGCAAUGUAUUACACUAUAGUAUACAAAGGAGCUUUAAAGAUAGUGGGUCAGAUUCAUGAACAUCUACACAAAAUGUACACAAUCUUUAUUCAACAACAUCCCUACCAAUUUGUUUGUGCUGUCUGUUCCCUCAGAAAGAUUAUACUAAGUGUACACAUAGUCUGUGCUUUGCGGUAUCCUUUAUGAAUCCCCCUUGAUGUUUAAGACUGCAAGAAAAGCAGUAGGAAAACUAAAAUUAUGAAAAAUAAUGUGGGAGUUAUGCAUGUGUUGUCUAUUCAAUCAAAAUUGUAUACUGUUAGCCAAUCAUGAGCAGACAGUGAUCCGCUGUGGCGACCCCUAACCGGGAAAAGCCGAAAGAAGAAGAAGAAGUGUAGGCAUUCAUAAUGCGGUCCACUGUGUAUUUCAUAGAUUAAGCCAAUGUGAACUACUAAAAAACUGUUAUGUGUACAGAUAGCCUUCCUUAAUGGAUUGGCUUGCCACAAAGAUUUACUUUGUCUAACCUGAUGGGAGUUUAUAUAAAGUGAAUGCCCAUCACGAUAAUGGAUAAAAGCAGCAGCUGUUUAAAUUUUGCAUCAAUACUUGCUGUUUACUGAAAUGUCUCUCCAUAGGAAACCAUGCUCAGUGCUUGCUGCUCGACAUACAAAUGGCAGCAAAAAUAUUUGUGAUAACUACAUAUUAUCUGGCAUAAAUAACAGCGUUUGUACAAAAUGCACUGACAUGUUAUGUGUAGCACAAUAACUUACUGAAUUUUAACUAAAAGUACCAUAUAAAUACCUGAUAUGUGAACUCUUAGCUGAUGUUGUAUAGCUUGCAUAUCACAUAUGUAAAGAUUAGGAAAACUGUAGGUUGUAGAACUAGGAACAUAUCCUAGUAAUGUUUUGUAUAUUUUAACAUUGUCUUGUCCAGUUUAUGUUCAGUAGGACUACAUCAUUCUGCUUUGCAUUGUUGAAAAGAAAAAGGUAUGAGUAGUAGACAUUGUCAGGUUUUAUAGAACCCAUAACUGAAAUCCGUGUUACAACAAAACAUCACAUAUGCAUCACAAUUUAAAAUUUACACUUAUCAAAACUGCAAGUAAUAUACAUCUGUGAUCAACUCUUUACAAUGGAAGUUCCCUCUUUUCAGGAAAAUAUAGAGGAUAUUGCUGUAGCUCCAGGAAUGUAACAGAGACAUGCUAGUGAUUGAGGGAUAUGUUUUCACUGUGGAUAGAGAUAAAGUUUUGGGGAUGCCAACUCAAAGGAGCAAAGUAAAGGGAGUGUCACCAUAGUCUUCAGAGAGGAUGAUGAAGAAAUGAAAGCAUCUGCUGUUCACCAAAAUAGACCAGAUCCAUUGCACUCUUUAUGCAGUGAAAAGUUACAUGAUCUGAAACAACAAGCAUCCACUUCAUAUACUAAUCCUUGUACGAUCAUAGCCAACUGCCUUUAAGAUGUAUUUUCUGAUUUAUCUUGUAUAUUACCAUGGUGUAUAACAUGUAUUACCAUGGUGCACCACUUGAACAUUGUCUUGUCCAGUUUAUGUUCAGUAGGACUACAUCAUUCUGCUUUGCAUUGUUGAAAAGAAAAAGGUAUGAGGGGAUUACUGGGCUAUUGACCUUAGCGGGCCUUUUCAAACCUCGCCAUGUUUCCCAAAAAUAUUAGCCAGGUUUUUGUAUUAUAGAUUUUUAUGGGGGUGUAUAUAUAAUUCAGGCAUGAGUGAAUGACCAUUUACAAGGUACCUCUCUCUAACAGAGACACUGGUGCCAAAUCACUGGUAAAUGUACUUUUUCCCAUCCACUUAUCCAACUUGAGCUUCAAGUGGUGCAGGGAUGAACUCUGUUUCACUUGGAUGGGUAGCCUUUUCCACAAAAGGGGCAGUCUCUGAGACAUAUACGUGUCCCUACAACAUGCCUUAUGUAUGCUGCAGGUGAGGGUUUGGUCCCUGUACUGGGUCUUUCUGAUACUAUUUGUGUUGUGGAUGUGCAGCAUGUCCAUUAACGUUGGAUCAGAGGAUGCUUUGUAGGACAAACAGAUCACCUCUAAGUAACCUAUUGGAGUCUGAGUAUAUGGAUAAAUAAGCCUCUGAGGUGGUCUGCAUAGGACAUGUGGCCCACAUCAUGGAUUCUUUUUGUGUAGAACCUCUGGGGAUGCUCCAUUUGAUGCAUUUAUCUGGUCAGGUUAAUAAUGAAGGGGGCAUUAUGUUUUAUGACUGGUCUAAAAUGGGCUGAGUACAAUGGAAUAAUGACAUCCUUGUACCUAGACGCCAUACCUUUGUGUGUACAUUGUGCAACAUAAAAAUAUUUCUUUACUACAGUAGGUAAAUUUGACCAAUACCAAGUCACUAUCUACAUGUGUCAUCAUAUCCCUGGGUACUUGUCUAGUGUCAUGGUAUAUUAUCAAUGUGAUAAUUUGCAGGGGUGUUAAGGUAAGCAGUAUGCACCAUUUUGCCCUUGUUCAUUAUUUUGGUGUACUAAUCAAAAUAGUCCACCAAGUUGAGUAGGCAUGACCUGCCCUUGAUGAAACCAAACUGAAAUGGAUCUAUUCUCUGAAGUUUUAUGUUGUCAUUUGUCGAAUCUAUGAUUACAUGAUUAUUCUUUGUAUGGCUUUACAUGUGAGACUAGCAAGGCUUAUGGGUUGAUAGUUACUCAAGUCUGUGGAUGGCCUCUUCUUGUGCACAAAGAUAGCAGUCUUGUCUUUUGGCUUUUCCUGGUUAGGGGUCGCCACAGCGGAACUCCGGUCUGCUAAUGAUUGGCAGUAAAUUUUUACAUACCGAGUUGCCGGCUCUGACGCACAACCUU